GGCGCGUCAGCACCGCGGACAGCGCCCACCCCCAACUCGCGAGAUGCGUCUGUGGUGUCACGUAGGAAGACCCCCGAGGGCACCUCCCAGUUGAGCUAAACUCUGACCAACUCUUUCUUUAUCUCUUCCCUUCUCUCAUUCCGCUCUCUGCCCCCCUCUGUGCUGCAGCGAGCGCCCCUAACAUGCGGCUGCCGCUGCUCGUGUCCGUGGGCGUCCUGCUAGCGGCUCUCCUGCCCUGCUCGCCAUGCAGUGCCCUCUUCAGCCGGGGGUCCGUCCCGGGCGCCCGGCAGGCUCAGCAGCCCCUGCAGCCCCUGGAUUUCUUCCAGGCGCCGGCGCAGCCCCAGCAGCCCCAACAGGCGCAGGCUCGGCCCGUCCUGCUCCGUAUGGGGGAGGAAUAUUUCCUCCGCCUGGGUAACCUCAACAAGAGCCCCUCUGCUCCCCUCUCGCCCGCCCCUUCUCUUCUCGCUGGAGGCGGCGGCAGCCGCCUUUCGCCGGACGAGGCGGUCGCCAACUUUUUCCGCGCGUUGCUGCAGCAGCUGCCGCUGCCUCGGCGCCAGCCCGACAGCCCUGCGGGUCCCGCGGAGCGCCUCGCCGAGCAAGCCCUCGGCGGCCGUCCGGAGACGCUGGAGAGGGAGAGGCGAUCGGAGGAACCUCCCAUCUCGCUGGAUCUCACCUUCCACCUCCUCCGAGAAGUCUUGGAAAUGGCCAGGGCCGAGCAGUUAGCUCAGCAAGCUCACAGCAACAGGAAACUGAUGGAGAUUAUUGGGAAAUGAAACGCUUGAAGCAUAGAAGACGUGCAGCAAGAGCGCCUAUCCUCCUUAAUUAGCAUGCACAAAGUGUAUUCACGUGCAGUAACAAUACCAAAAUGUUAUUUGUAUUGUCUACUUUUAGUUUCCAUUUCCAGGUGUCUUUAAUGGUGUUUUAAAGACAGGGAGGAAACGUUCUGAAGAAGGAGAAAGAAGUCGCCCAGAUGAUUUUGUUGUGGUCUGACCAAAGAGAAUGUUAUCCUUUCGGGUGGGUGAGACAAAAGCUGUAAGCUUUUUGGAUCAGCUUUUCCUUGUAAAUGUUUCAGUAAUAAAACAUCUUUCCAAUCCUUGGUCAAUUUUGUUGUGUAAGAGAAUGUUGAAUAUUUAUAUUUUUAAUAAAAGCUGCAAAGGUAGUCAUGACUUUAUUUUUGUUCUUCAUUGCUUAUAGGGGAAAUAAUCUCAGCUCCUGAUUGCCUCCAAACUGACUUCAGCACAAGAAAAAACAAAACCCAUUGCAUUUUAUUUUCUACUAAAAAUACAAACAUGUAUGUUAGUGGAUUUACACAGUUAGUGCAAUUGCCUUGGGCUUAUCUCUCUACCUUAGAUUAAUCCCCUGAUGUGUUAAAUAAUUUGGGAAGUUGCUUCCAGCUCUAAGACCUGGUAAUUCUGUAAGUGGAAGAUUGAUUCAUAAAGGAAAUAACAUUCAACCCUGAUUAAAUAUAAGAUGUGAAAUAAUUGAGAAGGGUAGAGAAAGUGAAAAGGAAAAGAAAAUGGGUGAGGGAGGGCAUUCCUUCACACUAUAGGGCCAACAUGCUGCUUUUUUUUUUUUCUAUGAGAAAGGCUCACUUUAUCAAGCUACUACAUUAGUAUCAUAAAAUAUUUUUUUGCUAAGUUAUUUUCCAAUUCCUACUUCUAAUAGGAGAAACUUGAUAGCAUCUCCACUUAAAACAAUUAAAUCCAUUUGCCAUAAAGUAGCACUUGGGAACAUUUUCUUAUAAAGAAUAUUUUGACUUUAAUAACUUCACAAAUAUGUUCCUCAUUUAUGUUUAUGCUAAGACUAAUCACUUUAAUUCCUAGGAAUAUAAACUAUCUCUAUUCACUUCUAAAACUGAACAACACAUGGUUAGUUUUACAAUGCAUUCAUCUUUGGUGGUUUAGUUGUAACAUCAAAAAAUUCAAUCCAAUGUUUAAUACUUCAAAAUUAAUUUAGAUGCAUGAAGAUGCCUCUUCCCUUGGGAUACUUUAAAUACUCUUUAACUAUUGGUUUAAUAAGAUAAUAUGAAACAGGAUAAAUUAUUAUAAGACAGUUGUUAGAAAUGCCAUUUAUUUAAGAGUUCAUACAGAGUAAAGUUACAUUCUGAAGGAGGCAUUAUGGUGGAACAAAAAAAAACCAUGAUUUAAAUAUAUAUACAUAUUUUAAAUGUGUAUUGUGUGUGCAUAUAUAUUUAAAUACAUGCAGUUGUUCUACAGUUCACCAAAUUGGUGCCUCAGUGAAUACAAGAGAAAGUAGACAGUUACUAAUGGAAAGUCUUUUUCAAUUAAAAUGUCUGAUAUCUGCAUAUCUAAAACUAGUAUUAGAAAAAUGUCACAAGAAAUGUCCUAGGGCUUUCAGCCCAUUGGGCUGUGACAGUGUCACCAGAGUCAGAGAACGUUUCUGAGUAUACACCUAGUGACAUCUAUAGUGGAAAAGAAAAACUUUGUGAAAUAUUCCAUCCUUUUGGUCAAUGAUUUACCUUUUGUCCAUUUAUUGAUAAAUCAGUCACUUCUGAAUUAACAUUGAAUUUCACUGACCCCUGCAUUGUUAAAGAGGAAAGAGGAUAUGAGCUGCUAUGAUAAAAUAACACAAGCCAGUGCUUAUUAGAGACAAAAGUGUAGUGCCCACUUUUUUCAACCCUUGCCACUUGUUACUGACACACCCACAUGUACCACACCUACACACCUUUCAUAAUGUUUCCUACACAAUAAAAGAUUUGUGUAAGAUUAAGUUCCUUUUUUCCAGUGCUUUCUGCAA